ACUAAUCACGGCCAUGUUGGAUUUGAGCCGGUGCAUUGUGGCGUUGAUGGAGCUACCCUCUUCAUACGUCACACAGGAUAUGCCUGCCUUGUCAGAAGCCAUGGCCACUGUCCCAAUUGCUGUCUAUUCGACCGUUAGAGGCAUGCUUACUUGUGCAAAUCAGAUCUACUUUGCCUAUAGAUAUGCAGCAUCUGCAGGGGACCUACCCACCAUUACUUACAAGAUCAACAGCAUACACGACCAUCUUAAGAGGAAGCUCGAUCUCUGCUACAAACUCAUAGGUAAUUAAACGCUAUAUCAAUUGUAUGGAUAUAUAUAUAGGUAGGAGGACUCAAUUGCUUAUUGUAAUGUCCUA